AUGGAAAUGCCAGAAUCACAACGUUCUGGUAACCCUCGGGGCAUCCCACUCGUCUGGCUUUGUGAUAACUUUCUUAAUUUAUCUAGCUUCGCCAAUGAGGAGACGAGAAAAAGACAUCUGUUUGCAUAUUUGUUGUGGCUCCUCGGGAAUCUAUUUCCAAAUUCACAUGGGGACGUUGUUGUCCCUGGUCUCAUCUAUAUUGCAGAGAAUAUGGUAGAUGAACCUUUACCUGAGCAGCCAAAAUACAGCUUCGGUUCUGCCAUGCUAUCUCAUACAUACAGAGGCUUGUGUGAUGCCACGCAAAAAACCUCUUUCGCACAAAAAGCUCCAUUACUUUGUGUCGCCUAUGAGUUUCUACAGUUGUGGUCCUGGGAAUACCUCCCUGUAGGACGACCUCGUAUAGUACAACCCAUAUACCCAUAUGACUUUGGCGAGGGUGCUAGCGCAACUAUGGCCACCAGGUGGACAAAGGCACGGAAACGUUGGUCUCCAGAUAUUGCGAAAAAUUGUUACCCUAUGUACCACCAGCAGUUUGAGAUACUUGAUGAGGCAGAAGUCACAUGGAACCCGUGGACUCAGGACCAGCUAAAAUUGGUCUUUGAUGCUCGACACUUCACACCAGGCAUGUUGACCGAUAGUGCAUUCUGGCUGACUCGCUGCAACUUAUUGUUCAUGUGGUGUGUUGAACCUUACAACCCAGAGCGUGUAAUGAGACAGUUCGGUCUCUAUCAAGAAAUUCCACCACCUUUUCCCAGACGUAUCGAUGAGGAAACACAUAAGCUAACCAAUAUGGGCAGGGGUUGGAGUUUAUACGAUUGGAGGGAAGAGAACAGUGAAUGGGUACACAAGUGGACAAAUGAAGCGCUAGCAGAUAUAGUGCGUGAACUUAGGCCGUACGAUGGAAGUACAGAUCAAGCGUACAAGGAGUGGUACUGCAUGAACACACGUGCUAGCCUGGCCAGUCAGCCAGCUACUAUACCAACACAUCUCACACAAGAGGAGCAGGCGCGGAGACAUGUUGAGCUGCAUGCAGCUUACUAUCGUGACUACCUAGUAAUCACUUGUAACUUUUUUAGGUCCAUCAUUUCAUAA